UGUUUCUGUGGAAAGAACUGUUAGUUCACCUUAUAUUACAAUGAUUCUCAACAAUUUCAUCGGAUUAUAUGUCCUAAUGAUUUGUGCGUCAGAAGGACAAACAGACGUAGUGUUGGACUUUAGCGAUAGAAAUAACGAUGACUCGAUACAAUGGUGCGAGGACACGGAUGAUAUGGAAAUAAUGAUGAUAAAGACACUGGAUGAUUAUAAUGAAGUGACCGCCAAACUAACAGCAGAAUCUGUUUCUACUAGUGUACAGUUUUGGAUUGGUCUUAAAUGGGAUACAGUCCAACAGAACUUUUACUGGAUCGAUAAUAGCAUUUUGACCUGGAGCUAUUGGUGUUAUGAGGGUUUUGCAAAUUCCGAUGAACCAGAUUGUAUGACAUCUUCAUCUAGAUAUUGUAACCCGAUGUUCGAGUCAAAUCAGAACUGUGUCCGACUAACGCAUAGCUCCCAAUCUGCCUGGUGUUUUGCCUCACGUCCUUGUCAUGUUGUCUACAAAACAAUGUGUCGUGGAGAUUCGGAUUCUGCAGAAGCUACAACUUCUACAACUACACUACAGGAAUCUACAGAAGCCGAAGCCAUCACAACUGUACCUGCAAAUCCUGAAACCACAACAACCCAACCACAAACAACAUCAGAAAUCCUAACCACAACUGCUCUGACAACAAUGAGGGGAUCCACAGAAGCUGAAGCCAUACCAACUCAUACAACUGUACCUACAAAUCCUGAAACAACAACAAUUCAACCACAAACAACCUUAGGUUCCUCCAUUCAAUGUUUAUAUGCAGUCACUCUACAAACAAAUCAGAACAUCGCUAUUCAAGAGACAACUCCGACGUAUAUUCAUCAAAAUGGAACAACACUUACUUGUCCUAUAAUGAAAUGUCAUGUUAUAAGUUACGUUACCAUUCAAAGUGACCCAGACACGUAUCUCUACAAAGUUCAGAAAGACGAUAUCAGUUCUUAUCGAAGGAAACUAACAUGCGCUUCUGAUGACAGAGUUUCGUCCAGCAUCUUUGGAUACACAGCGGCAGUGGUUGUUAUAUGUCUGGUAUUCUUUGUACCAGUGCUGGUGGAUUUGAUUUCCUUUUGUGAAAAGUAUUCCAAAAAUAAGGACCAGCAAUACAUGGAGAGAGAAACAUGAAACUCUAGAUAAACGCUUACAAAUAGUAUGAUUAAGAUUUUGCUUUGUUAAUGAUAAACAAGUCCAAUCCAUUAUAUUCUUGGUGAUAGUUGAAAACUAUCUAUACGAGUUCAAUACCAACUUUAAUUCUUACUUUUCAUUCAUUAUUUUUUAACUUUACUUGUAUUCAUUGAUCAAUUUUUUAUUAUUUUUUUUAUUCAUUCGAAAUAACUUGUAGAAAUAAGAACCAUCAAUGAGAAAUUCAUUUAAAAAUAACUGUAUGAUUUUUGUAAUUUAUAACCUUCGUAGACUGCUUUUACAUCACACACUUCACCAAAAAAGUGGUAAAGGAAGUAUAACAAUUAUUUGGAAUUAGAAAUUUUGUAAACUGUCGACGUUUAAUAUAAUUAAAUAUUGCCAACUUAUUAAAAAGUUUCAGGAAAAACGGU